GCACCAUGGUGCGCAUGAAUGUCCUUGCGGAUGCUCUGAAAAGUAUCAAUAAUGCAGAGAAACGUGGCAAACGCCAGGUCCUCAUCCGACCAUGUUCAAAAGUGAUUGUGCGAUUCCUGACAGUAAUGAUGAAGCAUGGUUAUAUUGGGGAGUUUGAGAUUAUUGAUGAUCACAGAGCUGGGAAAAUUGUAGUCAAUCUCACAGGAAGGCUUAACAAGUGUGGCGUCAUUAGCCCCAGAUUUGAUGUUCAACUGAAGGAUCUGGAGAAGUGGCAAAAUAACCUCUUGCCAUCCCGUCAGUUUGGGUAUAUUGUGCUCACUACUUCAGCUGGCAUCAUGGACCAUGAAGAAGCCAGGCGAAAACACACAGGAGGCAAAAUCCUGGGAUUCUUUUUCUAAGCAACACAAGAAAAUAAACUGUUAUGGAAAAAUGGCUGUUUUGUUUUUGUUCCUUCCCCCAACAGGACUAAACACUAUAGAUAGAAAUGAUAAAAAUUGUUGAAACUCAAGGGGUUUUAUGGAACAUCAGUGGUUCAUAUCUUAAACAGCUUUAAUGGCUUCAGAGCAGACUCAUAAGGUGGCCAUACACAUUACAAUAACUUUCCUUAAAGACAAUUCGUCCACGCCGCUAACGUUAAAAGCUGAAUUAUCAGGGGUAAAAUUCUAGUUUCUACCUGCAUAUGUGACUAUUCAGCAUUUAGCUUCUGCCAGUGUUUGGGCACAUUCAAAGGUACCAGAUCAAAAUUUUUCACCCUGGGCGAUUGAAACAACAGAUAUCAAAGGCUUUUGCUGAUGUUGGUUGCUUAGUCAACCCACCGUACUUGUGCGUAAUAGAUAUGUGUAUGGGUACCUUUACACUAUUUAACAGGUGCCAUAUACUGUAGAGUAUUUGAUGGAACCUUAAAG